AUGCUCGUCAUCGCCAUCGUCGUCGUAUUAAGGGGGAGAUCACUGGGCUUCCUCAUCUUUCUCGUGACCUGGCCCAAACAUCAUGGCGCCCCAAUCUACGGUGUUGAGGGUAUCCCGAGUGUUCCGCAUCAGCACCUUUCUAAGCAGCUUGGGUUGCGAGGUUUCGGGCUUGCUGAUCUUCUCGUCUUCCUCGUCAUGCAUUUCGUCCGCAGUACUGGCCAUAUCUAUACUCUUUUGAUGGGUCAGGAACCACCGUGCCUGGGAAUAGUACUCACUUCGUCUCAGGGGCUUCGGGCUUCCCCCAGGGACGUUCACCCCGAUGACGGCAGACGCCGCUUCCGCCCCGGAUUCUGGUUCGUGCGUCACGGCCAGAUACGACCACGACCAUGGUCUGGGGACGUUGUACUUGUGGUUUUGCUCGCACUCCCGAGAGCAGUAAUACUCCAGCUCUAUCGUCUUCUUACGCUGGCUCCCGCACGUAUUGCGCCUGCGAGAUCGAUCGUAUCGGGGGUCGACCUCGGGUGCUUCGCAGCCUAUCAGCCUGGCCUGCUCGAUGUAGGCCUCCUGCGCCUUCCUGCACAUCUGAAUCAUCGUGUUUCGCUGCCCGGUCAGGGGGUCGGUCUCCCCCGGCCUAAUCCGACUGCUGUACUUCAGGCAGUGUUGGCAUACCUUGUGGUACCAGUAGUUCUUGCACAUUGUGGUUGGAUGUGGGCGGACGGUUACGAUGCGAAGACUGCGGUGGAAGUGUUAUGA